AUGCUGCGGACGACCAGUGCGUCCGGUAAUGUGUCUUCGCCGGCCACAUCGCCCGCGAGGUCGUCGGCGAUCCCAGUCGAGAAGGGAAGUUCCGCUUAUCCCACACCCGCCUCAGGCCGAGCUCGGCAAUCUACCGUCUCCCUCUCGCAGCCCCAUCCCGCGCGGUCCCAGACCACCCUCCACUCCUCACCAGCGGUCGACUCGCUCACCCCUGCUUCUCGAGCUCGCCCUUCGAAGGCCCGGUCCUCCACCGCUCCACCCACCACUCCCGCCACUGAGCAGAUUCACGAAAUGGCGCUCCAUCUCCGCUCCGCCAUGCUCAACAAGUCACUCACUUUCCCUCGUCCCUAUCCAGACCGGCCACUCACAGUCUCCUACGCCGAAGUAGGCAAGCCGGACGGAUACCCUGUCCUCAUCUUCCUCGGCGUCGGGUGCGUGCGGUACCUCAUCGCGCUGUAUGAUCAGCUCGCGCUAGUCUAUGGCUUGCGGCUCAUCUGCGUCGAUCGGUGGGGUUAUGGCAAGACAGACCAGGUGGACCAGGUGGAUCGGGGGUUGAUUGAGUGGUCGGGCGUGAUAGGCCAGGUGGUGCGCAAGUUGGGGAUAAGCAGGUUUCAAGUGGUGGCGCACUCGGCGGGGACGCCUUACGCUAUGGCAGUGGCGAGGCGAUAUCCGGAUAUGAUACGCGGCAGGCUGCAUCUGCUAGCGCCGUGGGUCGGGCAGGAUCACGAUACCGUGUCCAAAUGGCUCAAGUGGGUUCCAGGAGGCGUCAUUCGGACGGCAACAGCGGCAGACCAUAAGCUGCAGACGUACUUCCUCGGCAAGGCGCCUCGACUCCAGUACGCCCCUAUCAGCUUUGAUGCUCAGCUGGUCCAGCCCAUCCCGGGCGAGUCUGGGCGAACGUUCGAGCCGCCCGCGGAGGAACUGGAGGAGUCGACGAAAGCACCAAACCUCAUCCGGAGGGCGAGCACGGUGUUUAGCAAUUCCAAGCCUCGCUCUCGGAGCAUAUACGGGACAGCGGCCAGCGCGUCGACUAUCAACCUCUCCCUUCCUACCUUCGGAUUCGGGUCACCCACUUCCGGCCGUCGGGUCGCGUCUACCGGUUCUCCCACCCCUGGACCAGAAGGGACCGCCUCGUCCGGUCCGUCCUCGGGCAUGCUGGCGACGCCGGAUCAAUCCAUGGAGAUCUCGCCCAGCGCGGUUGAUUUUGGGCUGGGAGAGGGGUUCGGGUCGUUCGCGACGGACCUGGAACUGGCCAUGCCUAUCAUUGGCAACGGACCUAUAUCCGCCCUCAUGCCCCUAUCUUCAAUGACGUCCCUUCCCGCCCUCCCCGAGUCCCGAUUCCCCUCCGACACCGCAUUCUCUACGGCCCUCUCGCAAGCCUCCCACGCAGAGUGCGAACCCGGAACCACCUCGGAUAUCCUCCGUAUCAUCCUGAACAAACCCCACCGGGCCCGGGGCUUCAGGUAUGAGGACGUUACUGCCCUCACGCACGUCUGGGUAGGCAAGGAUGAUCGGAUCAUAUCCAAAGAGAGUAUCAAGUGGAUGGAGGAGGUGUGUGGGAGUACGGUCGAUCGGAGGGUUGGGGUAGGGCAUAAUCUGAUGAGUAUCCCCGGGGUGCUGUGUGAUUUGUUCAAGUGUCUAGGGGAGGAGGCGAGGACGGGGUGUAGGAUGGAAGAAGGGAACAGGGAGACUGAGAGAGCAGAGAGGGAGGAGGAGACAAGGAGAGAACAUCGGAGAAGAGAGGAGUCGGGCAGGAAGGAGGGACGGAGGGAGAGGCGGUAG